GACACCUCCUGACAUUCUUUGUCACCAUUUGGGACAAGAUAGGAAAGCAAAGUAACCUAACUAAUUGUAUGUAUGCAAUUACAUCCCAGAGCUUAGUAAUAAUCUUACCAGAUGGGAUUAAUGACAUGGCCAAUAGAAUCAAAUAUCUGCCAUUAGCCUGUAACAUCAAAGACUUAGUGGGGAACCAAGUGUGAAACACAUUUGCACUUGCAGUAAUAACUUCAAAGACUUUGUGUGGAAUAGAUGUGAUGGGCAGUUGCAGAAUUUCUUUUAUGCAGUAUUGAGUUUGUUUAAAAGCCACAAUUAGCACAUUGAAUCUGCCCUUGCAGAUUUGAACAAUGGCAGUCAAUUUCUAUCAUGAUCGUUACUUCGGCCCAUUGAUGAGCAUGUUCAAGAAACUGUUUGGAUAUACUGAACCAGUAGAGGAGGAGACAGUCAAAGGCUUUGUUGUUCUCCAGAAGAAAAAUGUCUUAGAUUUGAACGAUUUGCAUGCAGGUGUGGUGGACAGCUUCAUGGAACUGCUCGGGAAAAAAGUGUUUCUACAGCUUAUCAGCACCACUUGUAUGGAUCCAGGCAAUGGAAGUGGAAAAGUUGGGGAGGCAGCAUUUAUACAGAAAUGGAUAUCUACUGGGAACCUCAUCAUCAGUGGGGAGAGCAAGUACCAAGUUGAUUUCAAGUGGGAUUCCAACUUUGGGACUCCUGGAGCCUUCCUCAUAAGGAAUUUUCAUCACCACGAGUUUUUUCUUAAGUCCUUGACUGUUGAAAUUCCUGAACAGGGCAAUGUUCAUUUCGUCUGCAACUCUUGGAUUUACCCCUUUUUUAAAUAUAAGACAGAUCGUAUAUUCUUCUCAAAUAAGAGCUAUUUACCAGCAGAUACACCUCGGACCCUCGUUCAGCUGAGAAACGAAGAGCUUCAAAACCUAAGAGGAAAUGGAACAGGAAAGAGGGAAUACUGGGACAGAAUUUAUGACUAUGAUGUCUAUAAUGAUCUUGGAGAUCCAGACAAUGGCGAGAAAUAUAAACGCCCAGUAUUGGGAGGACCUACAGGAUUCCCAUACCCACGAAGGGGGAGAACCGGUCGUCAUCACUGUAAAAGUGAUCCUGCUACGGAAAGCAGAUUAUGCUUACUGAACCUACACAUAUAUGUCCCUCGAGAUGAACGGUUUAGGCGCCUCAAAAUGUCUGAUUUCUUAGCCAAUGGACUAAAGAGUCUGGUCCAGAUUUCAAUGUCUGAACUCCAAGCACUGUUGGACUUCGGUCGAGAUGAGUUCGAUUCUUUUGAAAAAGUUAAGAAGCUGUACACAGAUGGGAAACCAUUGCCUGCGAAAACUUAUCAGGAGCCCGCAAACAAUGACAAUUCUCUGGAGCUAAUCAAUAAACUUUUCAAAACAAAUGGCGAUAGUUUGCUCUGGUAUCCUAAGCCGCAGGUCAUAGCAGCUGAUGAAUUCGAAUGGAGGAAAGAUGAAGAAUUUGCUAGGCAGAUGCUCUCUGGUGUCAACCCUAUGCACAUAAGGCGUCUCCAAAGUUUCCCCCCAAGAAGUGAAUUGGACCCAGGAUUAUAUGGCCCGCAAGAAAGCUCUAUCAGAGCUGCACAUAUAGAAAAGAACCUUGAUGGCCUUACCGUAGAGGAGGCCAUUGAAGAAAACAAACUGUUCAUUUUGGAUCAUCACGACAUCUUCAUGCCAUAUCUCAACCGGAUGAAUGCUCUGUCCACAAAGGCCUAUGCUUCUCGCACAAUUCUGUUCCUCUGCAAGGAUGACACCUUGAAGCCAGUUGCCAUAGAACUGAGUCUGCCGUCGGGGAGGAGAAGGGUGUUUACUCCUGCAGAGGAAGGGGUGUCUGGAGCACUCUGGCAGCUCGCUAAAGCACAUGUCGCAGUUAACGAUUCUGGGUACCACGAACUGAUCAGCCACUGGUUGAGGACACACGCAGUCAUAGAACCAUUCAUAAUCGCCACAAAUAGAAACCUGAGCGUCCUGCAUCCCCUUCAUAAGCUGCUAACCCCACAUUUUCGUGACACAAUGCACAUCAAUGCUCUGGCUCGCCAUACUUUGAUAAAUGCGGGAGGAAUAUUUGAAAGAACGGUGUUUCCACAGAAGUAUGCCUUGGAAAUGUCAGCUAUAGUUUACAAAAACUGGAGAUUUGACGAAGAAGGCUUAGCUGCUGAUCUUCUUAAAAGGGGAAUGGCAGUGGAAGAUAAAUCAAUGCCCCAUGGGCUGAGGCUUAUGAUCAAAGACUAUCCUUAUGCUGUGGAUGGACUAGAUAUAUGGUCUGCAAUACAGAAAUGGGUUCGGAAAUAUCUGUCCAUCUACUACAAUGAUGAACUUGUAAGAGGUGACACAGAGCUUCAGGCAUGGUGGCAUGAAAUACGAUAUGUUGGUCAUGCAGACAAAAAAGACGAGACAUGGUGGUACAAGAUGGACACUGUAGCAGAGCUUGAGAAAGCAUUAACAACAAUCAUAUGGGUGGCUUCGGCUCUUCAUGCAGCAACUAAUUUUGGGCAGUAUGCUUACUCUGGGUACAUGCCCAAUAGGCCUGCUGUAAGCAGAAGGCUUAUCCCCGAGGAAGGAUCUCAAGAAUUUUUAGAGCUUGCUAAGAAUCCAGAUAUGUUUCUCUUGAAAACUGUCUCCAAUCAAAUUCAAACUACUCUGGGCAUUGGGCUGAUAGAGAUAUUGUCCAGAUAUUCUACAGAUGAAGUGUAUCUGGGGCAGAGAGAAUCAGGGGAUUGGAUAGAUGAUAGGCGCGUAAUGGCGGCUUUUGGGAGCUUUAAUAGGGAGUUGAAAGAAAUAGAGGACAAGAUAAACGAGAGGAAUGCAGAUGGAAGGUUAAAGAAUCGAUCAGGGCCUGCAAAGGUGCCAUAUACAUUGCUGUAUCCGAGCACUUCGGAUUUCAGCAGGCAAGGGGGAUUAACUGGCCGAGGAAUUCCAAAUAGCAUCUCCAUUUAGCAGACCAUCUCUAAAGAUAAAAGGGCCAUCAAACUUGCGUUUUAUUGCGUUUCCUCUGCAUUUGAUUUUCUCCAAGUAGUGUUAUCAGAGCGUUUCAAUUUAUAAUGUGAGACAGCUUGUCAUUUUAACCUUUCCUCUGCAAAUACCUACUUAUUUAAGGGUUUUGAAAAAAUCUCUUUCCUGAGAAAAACAUUAUUAAAUUUUGACUGUAAGAUUGUAAUGGAAGUAAAACGCCUCAGUUAAAGUUCAAUAAUUUUUAAUUUUUAAUUAUUUUUUUA